CUGAAACAUCAUGGACAUUAAAUUUGGAUUACGCAACCUGACUCAGUUUGUCCUGAACACAAUCACAUUGAGUCAAGCUGAUCUUGGCCUCUCAAAAUGGUGCUGAGCUGAAGUAAGAUGGCCUCGGGCAGGAUGGCAAGUCCUCAGAGCAGCUCCAGACAGAGCAGCUCACUCUCUUCAUCUCCGAUGAGUACCCGUGCGCAGUCUCUUCAGGUUGACUCGGUCCAGCGCUGGAUGGAAGACCUCCGUCACAUGACGGAAGUAGAGUGCAUGUGUGUCCUCCAGGCCAAACCCAUCGGGGUAGAGGAGGACUCUCAGCAGGGAGAGCUGAUUGUGGGCUCUGGGGUUGGUGCAGGGGACCACGUGGCUAGAAACAACCUGCAGACGCUCCUUCGCCGAGCUUUGGUGGUCAGCACAGAGCUAGGAAAGAUGUUUCAGCGGCUGGAGAAGGGACGCUGGCAGAGGGUCCACAGCACGGCUGUACGGGCAAACUGCCAUGUUCGCUCACUGGUACAUGAGUACAGUGCAGCUCGAAACACGCCACCGGAGAUGCAGAAGUAUGAGAAGUCUUUGCUGGAAAAGUGUAUGGAGCUGACUAAUAUUACAGAGAGGUGCCUUCACACUGAUGAUGAAUUCUUCCUGAAAUCCAUGAGGGAGGCCAUCCAUGAGAUCCUUACAGAUGUCAGUGACUCGUUCAGCAACAUGAUUGACAUGGCUUUAGCCAAUGAGAUCCGGGUUCUGAUCAAGCAGAUUGAAUCAUCGGACAGCCUUCAUGCCAUUGGUAGUGCCAUUAGCAACCUGCUGUCCCUAACCCAGGAUGGACCUCAGCUCUGCAGCAUCAUUGCCAAGGAAGGAGCUGUGGUAGCCCUGUUUAAGAUCUGCAGACAGGACCGCUUUAGAGAUCUCUACGCACACGCUUUAAGAACAGUGGCCUCCAUCUGCUGUGUGGAGGAAGGGAUUAACCAACUAGACAAGGUGGACGGGAUCCUGUGCCUGGCAGACAUCUUGACUGAUGACAGCAGCGUGGAGGCAGCCAGAGCUGAAGCGGCAGCUGUUGUAGCUCAGAUCACUUCGCCUCACCACACAUCCACUCAGCACCUCGCCAGCUUCCUGGAGAGCAUGCACGACAUUGUCACGGCGCUCAUCAAGUUGUGUGAGACCGCAUCCUGUGGUGAAGUGUUCCUCCUGGCGUCGGCUGCCUUGGCCAAUAUCACCUUCUUUGACAGCAUGGCCUGUGAGAUCCUCCUGCAGCUUAAUGCCAUCCACAUCUUACUUCAGGCCUGCAAAGACCGCCAGAGAGUUGACACACCCUACUCCAAAGACCAGGUGGUGACAAUCUUGGCAAACCUGUCUGUCUUAGAGCAAUGCGCAUCUGAAGUCCUGCAAGAACAAGGUAUAGAAAGACUGCUACUGUUGCUGGGAGAAAAACCAUCCUCUUCCAGUCCAUCAGAGGGCGCUGCCUGUGAGCGUGUCCAGCAGAAAGCUGCCGUCACACUGGCCCGACUGAGCAGAGACCCUGAUGUGGCCCAAACAGCUAUCCAGCUUAAAGCUGUUCCUCGCCUUAUUGAGCUGUGUCGCUCCCCUACUGAGAGAAAUAACAGUGACUCUGUGCUGGUCGCUUGCCUGGCUGCUUUGAGGAGGCUGGCAGCAGGCUGUCCAGACAGCAUCGAGGCAGCCGACCACCAGCAGCUGAUCAAACCACGUCUAGUUGACUCUUUCCUGCUGUGUUCCAACAUGGAGGAGAGCUUUGUAUGAUCCCCUGCACACCAAAUCACUGAGAGUGAAGAACUCUCAUUGUCAGUACAAAACCGCGCGUGUUCUGAAGGAGUGUAUCUGUUUCAUGACUACAGCUUUGUUUGA